AUGGGCCUCUCUAUCGAAUCGGUAGUUGGCGUAUGCCAUAAGACUACAGUCCUCGGGAACAAGAUAUCCAUCCACAUGCUCGAGUAUGUGGGAACCGUAGAGAAGCAAAGUCAUCAGUUCUACGAGCUAGCGCAUGAUUUCCUAGAGACGUGCCGAAUAAUGUGGUCGCUCGAAGCUGGAUUGACUGAAUUUUCUAGAACUAAUCAGACGUUCCCGCAUGACAUGAUUGCGGAACUUGAAAAGAAAUUCAAAGCCGCUCAUACCGAUUUUCAAACACUCGAUCAUGUGCUAGGUCGGCUCCUAGACUAUGAGAAGAAGGGCACAAUGGGGAAGAUCCAAAAAGGAUGGCGCAAGAUGUUCGCGGAUAACGACGUCGAAAAGCUGAGAAACAAUCUGCUUAAGACCCGGGAGGCUCUAAGAAUGAGCGCUCUCGUAUUUCAAUGGUCCCUUGGCGAUGCCAAGGUAGAUGAGUCCGUCGGAAUUGGCUACACGGGCCUUGCCGCUGCUCUAGACCGCAUGUCCAGAAAUAAGACUACGACAAACAUUACCGGAGUGAAGUCUCACAGCAACACCACGGUGGCUAGUAACCAAGUGUACGAAGUUUCACCUAUCUGGCCUAUGCCGCCCAUACCAUAUUCCAACAGCAAAGGUUCGGUUACGGAUCAUUCAUAUCAUUCAUCUCUAAGGGGGCGCGAGGUACACAGUCCAGGACCGCAUCUCCUCCCCGAAAUACACCGUGAACCUUCGAUAUCAAAUUGUACCGUACGCAGCGGGGCGUCCUCUCGUGGUGCCCGAGAACGUGUAGUUUAUACAGUUGAAACUAUGGACCGAUCAAUUGCGCAUAGUACGGUGAACUCGGGGGGUCACACCGAGGUGGAUACGCUUAUCGAAGAGUUGGACUCGUUCGAGCCGUAUGAAGUCGUUCGAUUGAAGGCCGAACCCCAUAUAAUGCCUCGAUGGGGCCCGCGGAAUACGGCCGGAGCAAAUACGCCAGCGUUAAGGGAAGCUCUGCUUACCGCUGUGGAUUCGGGAAACCAUCAGGUAGUCGAACAGCUACUGGACCGAGGCGUUUCUCCCGAGAGCAGCCCGGAGGCUCAUCUCCUCAACCGGGCAAUUAUGCGUCACGACGUAGAAAUCGUCCGCAUUCUCCUACUCUUCGGAGCCGACCCCAAUACUCCAGAUAACCGCAAUGUAACCCCUUUGAUUUUAGCAGUUGAAGAAUCUUUUCGGGAUGCCGUCACAAUGCUACUCAAAUACGGAGCAGAUCCUAACCUUGCGGCUGGCCCGCAGUCAGAGACGCCCUUUGCCAUAUCCGUCGCCGAAGACAAACCUGAGCUCGUUCGUUUUCUCCUCACCUACGGAGGCGAUGUUAACCAUAUCAUGACAAACGGAAAUACCGCGUUAUUGACAGCCAUAAUAAGAAAGGGAACGAAAAGGGUUAUUGAUAUGCUGCUUGACUACGGUUCCGAUGCGAACGCGAAGAACAGAGAAGGUCAUAGCCCCCUUUUCGAAGCCAUUCAGACGAAUCGCAUUGAAAUUGUAACAAGCCUUCUAGACCGCGGCGCCAAUCCCAACCUUCCUGGGCCGAAGCAUAUGCUUUGGCCUGCGGCAGGGCUACCUCGCAUUCUCGAACUACUCCUCGCACGGGGCGCUGACCCUAAGAAAGCCCCCGGGGUUAUGGAAUUGGCGACAUCUAUUAACAACAUAGAAGCGGUUCGUGUACUGCUAAAGGCCGGAGUCGACCCAAAUUCCAAGAAGGACGGCAUCUAUACGCCACUCUGCUCAUCUAUCCGUGACAAUAGAAGCGAUAUAUUGGAUCUUCUUCUCGCGAAUGGCGCAGAUCCGAAUGUGCCGAGCGCAGAAUAUCCCGCGUUCAAGUGCGUAACGCAUUACAGGACGGAGUAUCUGGCGCCGCUCGUAGCCGCAGGCGCUGACCUGAACACGCCAAAGGGAAUUCUCGAGACUGCUGUCCAGUUCAAAAAUGUAGAGGCGUUAUACUGGCUUUUAGACACAGGGAAGGUAUCGCCUAACGACAAGGCGCCCAAGACCGGUGCUACGCCUCUGACUACGGCGAUCCGCGAGAACCGUCCUGACUUGGUGGAUCUUCUCCUAUCCCGUGGUGCCGACCCCAACGUCAGAGGAGAAGAUUGGCCCGUAUGCAUGGCAGUACACCAGCCCGCGAUCCUGAAGCGCCUACUACCGGCAUUGGCUGAACCGCGUGCCUUCAAAGGUGUAAUGGAAAUGGCUGUCGUGGCAAACCAGCUAGAGAGCGUCAAGUUGCUCCUCAAGGCAGGUGUAAGCGUAGAGGACCGCAAUGGAGGUGUUUUCUCUCCUCUAACGACGGCUAUCCGCGAAGAUCGUAAGGAAAUAGUGCAUUUCUUGCUUGAGGAAGCUGGAGCUGACGUAAAUGCGCCCGGCGAGCAUCUCCCUAUAGUGAAGGCUCUACGGCGGGCUCGCGGAGCUGACACCGAGAUCAUUGAAUUGCUCCUGAAGCAUGGGGCAGACCCGAAUAAGAUCUACCGCGGCCACAACGCCUACAUCCAAGCCAUCGAGAAUGGCGAUGCGAACAUCCUUAGGCUUCUUAUUGAUAAGGCCGGCGUCGACCUUGAUGUCAGAGACGACUCCGGAAUGACGGUGGCUGAGAUCGCAGCCCACCGGGGUUGGGAAGAAGGCCGCCAGAUACUAACGAGUGGAAUCUCCGUCUCGUAG